UUCAGGUGGCAACAACUCCAAGUUCAUAGCAAUGGCUUUCCCCACCAUUAUGGCCCCAAAACGAGAGAAAGAUCCCAAGAAGAGGAUAGUAAUAACAGGGAUGGGCUUAGUAUCAGUAUUUGGGACUGACACUGAUGAAUUCUAUAACAAGCUCUUAGAAGGACAAAGUGGCAUAAGUUACAUAGACCGGUUCGAUGCCUCCUCCUUUGCCGUUCAAUUUGGAGGCCAAAUUCGAAAUUUCUCUUCCAACAAUUACAUUGAUGGAAAGAGAGAACGCAGGCUUGAUGACUGUUGGAGAUACUGCAUUGUUGCAGCUCGAAAAGCUCUUGAAGAUGCUAAGCUUGGAAAUGAAGCCUUAAACUCGGUGAACAAGUCCAGGGCAGGAGUUCUUAUCGGUUCAGGAUUGGGAGGCUUGACUGUUUAUAGUGAUGGAGUAGACGCUUUUACAGGAAAGAGUAAUAAGAGAAUUACACCUUUCUUUAUUCCUUACUCUAUAACAAAUAUGGGCUCAGCAUUAUUAGCUAUAGAUACUGGUUUGAUGGGACCAAAUUACUCCAUUUCUACCGCUUGUGCCACAGCAAACUACUGCUUCUGUGCUGCUGCUAAUCACAUUAGGAGGGGCGAAGCUGAUCUCAUGGUUACAGGAGGCACUGAGGCACCCAUCCUUCCUAUUGGAAUUGGUGGUUUCAUUGCUUGCAGGGCUUUGUCUCAGAGGAAUAAUCAGCCAGAGAAAGCUUCGAGGCCAUGGGAUAAAGGCCGCGAUGGAUUUGUCUUGGGAGAAGGAUCUGGUGUUCUGGUCAUGGAAAGCUUGGAGCAUGCAAGAAGAAGGGGCGCAGUUAUAAUUGCAGAGUAUCUGGGAGGAGCUAUAAAUUGUGAUGCUCAUCACAUGACCAAUCCCCGCUCCGAUGGGCUCGGAGUUUCUUCUUGUAUAGAAAAGAGUUUAGAGGAUGCCGGAGUUUCAGCUGAGGAGGUAAAUUAUAUCAAUGCUCAUGCAACAUCAACCAUUGCUGGAGAUUUAGCUGAGGUAAAUGCUAUUAAGAAAGUUUUCAAGGAGACUUCAGAAAUAAAAAUGAAUGCUACAAAGUCUCUGAUUGGACAUUGCCUGGGAGCUUCUGGGGGCCUAGAGGCGAUCGCAACCAUCAAAGCCAUCACCACAGGCUGGCUUCAUCCUACUCUUAACCAAUAUAACUUGGAGCCUGAGGUGACAAUUGACACUGUUGCAAAUGUGAAGAAGAGCCAUGAAGUACAUGUUGCUAUUUCAAAUUCAUUCGGCAUUGGAGGCCAUAAUUCGGUGGUCGUUUUUGCUCCAUUUAAUCCUUAAGAGUAGGAUUUUUUUUUUUCCAUUCUUAAUGGAAUGAACAACGUGUAGACUUAGGCUUCGCUUGGAACGGCGAAUUAUUACGUCCAGUCACCGGCCACCAUCCGGAUGGUUACAGCAAGGCAAACAAAAGGGGUUUACAGCCACCACUAGACGGUUACUAGCAUAUGCAAAUAUUCCUUCCUCAUGCGCUAUGCAACAGGACAGUACUAUACUCUAACAAACCUCUACUGUAUUAUGUUAGUUUUACUCUAUAUAUACUCCAUUGUAUUCUCUAUUGAGAUGAUGAUGAAUACAUAGAA